UUCAAAGAUUCAUCCCUUCUGUCGCCGUAGAAGAACGUUACAUAUUUCUCGAGUUUAGUAACAAAAUGAUUCGAGCUGAUGGAACAAUGCUUUUACGGAUGCUUAGUGCAAAUGGAGGGGAACUAUUCACCCAGGAAGUGUUAAACAUUCUCUGGCUAAAUUAUAGAAAACACGUUCAAUUACGUCAAGUAAUGUCUUAUAAGGGAGAAAAUGUUUCUUUAAAUAGUUUUGGAAGUUUUGAUAGUAUUCAAACAAACAGUAAUAAAUUAAAUGUUUUGGAAAAACAUAGGAGAAAUAAAUGUUUAACAAACAAAAACAACAAUGAACAAACAUCCUCUAUGUUUGUAGAAAGACAUGAGAGUAACGAAGAAAUAUUAAAUGAAACAGUAAAUGUUGAACUUGAAAAUAAAGAAAAAGAAUAG